UCGACCACCUCACAAAUACAACUCUCAAAUUCCUGAUAAAUCAGUCAAAUAAUUAGAUUAGAUAAUCAUACUUAUAACUGAGCACCAAAAGCUCCAAAACAUUAUAGGCGUACACUUCUAAACUCGCAAGACCAUAUAUGUUGACAGUAUCGCUCCCACAUUGAUAAAGUGCAAGACUUCAUGCGAGAAGAUCAUCUCCGUUUUGAACAUCUGGAAAUCUUCCAAGAGACUGAAACAUUCCACAUUCCAAACCAGAACUCCUCCCUUUCAGAGGCAGUCUUUCAGAAACAGACUGUGUCGUGAUGCCGAGUGGUGUGUAUUAUUAUCCGAUUGGCCCCAACAUGUGUCUGUCACGAUUAUGGACUAGUGGGAGGAGCUAUACCAGACGAUUGGAAGGCGGCGGUAGUGACACUUGUGUUCCUCAUUCUUGUCAAAUGCCGCUCUGUAGUGGAGUUCAGCACUGAACUUUACCAUCUCGAAACUAAAGAGUCAUGAAGGAUGAAUUAUGAUGCACCAACCCCUAAUAAUCAAAUUACAGAGGAGAAGAUGACCGCUUUUCCGUAGUCUAGACAACCUAGACUGCUCAAACAAUAAUUUGAGCUCAGUUUACAAAGUUUAGGCGAUUUCAGCAGACGUCAACUUUUCUCAUGGAAAUGAGAGCUUUUUUGGACAUUUAAACAUUUUAAAGAUUGACGCGCGCACCCCUGGAAAUAUCCUACUUGUUGCAUGAAAAUAUCUCGUGGAUAGAAGAAAGCACCUUGGUAAAGAAGCUAUUACAAUGAUUUCCAACUGGCUGCAUGUCAGUGCGUGUUACUGUUGUUUUGAUUAGCCAAUACAAAGUGCGUUCACUGAGCAGGAUGAAUGCUUACCAUUAUGCGUAAAGACCUUUUGGUGAAAGAGAGACUCCGACAGACUUUAGGCUGUUUUAGCCAUAUAGUUAACAUAACUGUAAUCACUACCAGCUACUAGAAGUGACCCACCCCAAGACAGAUGUGCAAUUAUUUGUCUGCUGCUGGCAAGUCUCAUACUUCGUGCUUAUGUUUCUAUUAAAUGGCUCGGAUAGACGGGCGCCCAUUAGAAACUUACUUUGAGGCUUUUUUCAGUCAGUAAAAUAUACGACUUUCAGUUUCCUGUGAAUUUGCACCACAUUUGUCAUGUCGGACUGUUAUGGAGACGACGUGUGCGGGGAUGGAGUCCCCGAGUUCGUACCCGCCAGGGCAUCCCGUGCAGGAAGACGAAGCGGCGUUAUCGUACCGACCAUCGAGCGAUCGAGCCCUGACACGGAGAGCAUGCUUCUUGAGGCGGUGAAGGCAGCUCCACGGAGAAGCAGCAUCAUCAAGGACCCCUCUUUAGCGAAGUUGGGCGGAGGGAGAAAGAAGACGGUCUCCUUCAGCAGCAUGCCGUCAGAGAAGAAGGUGAGCAGUGCGGCGGAUUGUCUGGGCUUCAUGCAGGGCGGCUGCGAGCUGAAGAAGGUGCGGCCCAACUCGCGCAUCUACUGCCGCUUCUACACGCUGGAUUCCGACAUGUCCUGUCUGCGCUGGGAGCCCUCCAAGAAGGACGGCGAUCGAGCCCGCCUGGAGAUCGGCGCCAUCCGCGAGGUGCGCACCGGCAAGAGCACCGAGACCUUCCUGCACAACGGACCCAGCUCGGACGGCCUGGCCGAGGAGGCCGCCUUCUCCAUCAUCCACGGGGAGGAGUUCCAGUCGCUGGACCUGGUGGCGCUCUCGGCCGACGUGGCCAACAUCUGGGUGACGGGCCUGCGCUACCUGCUCUCCUUGGGAGGCGCCGGCGGCGAGGGGGAGAGCAGCCCCGGCAGCAACAUGCGACGCGAUUGGCUGGCGUUCGAGUUGAGCAAGGGGGACGAGGACGGCUACGGCAUCGUGUCCGAGGACACAGCGGUGGCCACCAUCUGCAGACUCUGCCCCAGCAUCAAGGAGGCCAAGGUGCGUCAGCGGUUCAAGGAGAUCCAGCGAAGUAAGGAGAAGCUGACCUCCCACGUGACCCUCGAGGAGUUCCAGGAGGCUUACUGCGAGCUCUGUACGCGACCAGACGUCUACUUCCUGCUGGUGCAGCUCUCCAAGGACCAGGAGUGCCUGGACGCCCAGGACCUACGCCUCUUCCUGGAGACGGAGCAGGGCCUGCCCCUGGCCACAGCCGAGGGCUGCCUGGAGCUGAUCCGUCGCUUUGAGCCGUCAGCGCAGGGUCGAGAGCGGAGCCUCCUGGGUCUGGAUGGGUUCACCCGCUACCUGCAGUCGACUGAGUGCCAGCUGUUCGACCCCGAGCACCAGCAGGUGUGCCAGGACAUGACCCUGCCGCUGUCCCACUACUACAUCAGUGCCUCGUACCGCUCCUACCUGCUAGACGACCAGGUGCAUGGCCGAGCGGACCUGGGGGGGCUGACGCGGGCCCUGCAAGCCGGCUGCCGCUGCCUGGAGCUGGGGGUGACCGACGGGCCCGAGGGAGAGCCCGUGCUCGGGGUGGACCACGGCUCGGAGUCCCGGCACCACCACCACCACCACCACCAUCACCACCAUCACCACCACCCGCCCAUCACCCUUCGCAGCGCCCUGGAGGUGGUCAACAAGUACGCCUUCCUCACCUCCCAGUUCCCGCUGCUGCUUUACCUGUGCCAGCGCUGCUCCCCGGCCCAGCAGCGCACGCUGGCCCAGCACCUCCGCAAGGUCUUCGGCCUGCGCCUCUACACGCCCGAGGCCCUGCCCAUCAGCCUGACCCCGGGCAGCCGCGCCACCACCCUGCCCUCCCCUGAGCAGCUGAAAGGCCGCGUGCUGCUGGUGGGCAAGAAGCUGCCGCCCGAGGAGGAAGGCUCGGAGGGAGAGGUGUCGGAGGAGGACGAGGAGAUCGGCGGCGGGGGCCCCCUGGCCGGACGGAGGAUGACCAUCCCCGGCGAGGAGGAGCUGGGGGUCGUCCUGGUGGUGCCGCCCCCUCCCCAGCCGCGACGGCUGCGCCUGCGCCGCGAGCUUUCCAACCUGGUCUCCGUGGCGCGCACCGGCAGUCGCAGCUUCUACGGCCACCGCAACAGCUUCCAGCUGAACCACACGCACUCACCUCCCAGCAGCGCCCCCACUACGCCCAACACCCCCAACCCUCUGGAGCCGCCCUGCUGGACCCUGUGCUCCCUGGGGGAGGGCGAGGCGGGCCGGCUGGCCACGGAGAGCCCCGAGGACCUGGUGAGCUUCACCAAGCACUCGCUGACACGGGUGCGGCCCAGCUCGGUGCGGCUGGACUCCAGCAACCCCAACCCGCAGGGCUACUGGAAGUGCGGCGUCCAGCUGAUGGCGCUGAACCAGCAGACGUCCGGCGCCAUGCUGGACCUGCACCGUGGGCGCUUCAGCCAGAACGGGGGCUGCGGUUUCGUGCUGCGGCCGGCCAUCAUGCGCGACGAGGUGUCCUACUUUAGCGUCCACACGCAGGGCUGUGUGCCUGGGGUGCCCCCGCAGACACUCCGGGUGAAGGUCAUCAGCGCCCAGAGCCUGCCCAAGCCCCAGGGCUCGGGCGCCAAAGGGGAGGUCAUUGACCCGUACGUAGUGCUGGAGUUGCACGGCGUCCCGGCAGACUGCGCCGAGCAGAGGACCCGGACCGCGCCACAGAACCAGGACCCGCUGUUCGACGAAACCUUUGAGUUUCAGGUGAACAUGCCUGAACUGGCCCUCUUGCGCUUUGUGGUGUUGGACGACGACUACAUCGGCGAUGACUUCAUCGGCCAGUACAGCAUGCCGUUCGAGUGCCUGCAGCCGGGCUACCGCACCGUGCCACUGCUAGACCUGUCUGGCGAGCCGCUGGCCCAUGCCAGCCUCUUUGUGCACGUGGCCGUCACCAACCGGCGUGGCGGGGGCAAGGCCCAGCGGCGGGGCAUCUCGGUGCGGAGGGCGGUGCGGCGCGGCCGCGAGUACGUCACACUGCGCAGCACCGGCAUCAAAGUGCUGGAGGACACCUUCCGGCCAGCCUCCGCCCCCAUCAAGGAGGCCACUGACCUGCGCGAGGAGUCUCUGAGUGCAAUGGUGGCUUUCAAAGAGCAGUGUGGGCUCCCCCCAGUGGCCAAGGUGAAGCAGUGCAUGCAGAGCCUGGCCACCCGUCUGCAGGGCCCCGACGGUCCCCCCGGUGCCCUGCUCCUCUUGAAGGAUGGCUACCCCUGCCUGGAGCCCCUGGGCAGCCAGAGUGAUGCCACACGCAAGCUGCUAAGUGCCUACGACAUGAUGAUAUCAGCCAACAGACAACUGAUAGAAAACGCUGAUGGUGUGCAGGAGAGGAUUGCACAUGUGCAAAGAGAAGGCAUGGUGCUCCAUGAGGACCUGUCCAAGCUGGGGGAGAAAGAGGGACUGAAGGGCCGUAAGCAGAGUAAAGCUGUGGAGGCCUUCACCUGGAACAUCACAGUGCUCAAGGGUCAAUGUGACCUGCUCCGCAGUGCUAAGACAGACGCACUGGAUGCUAUUCGGCAGGUGACUCUGGCCUGCGAGGCCUGCGGAAUGACUGCCACAGCCACUGACCUGCACUACACCCCCCCCAGCUCCCUCUCCAGACGAGGCAGCACUUUCGGCAACGGCCGCAUCUGAGGCCCCCCCCACACACACACACACACCCCAUGGGUCCACCAUAGAGCAAGAGAGAAGAGAGGGAUGACGCAGAAGAAUGACUGAAAGAAUAUUAGAAGAUAGUAGAAGGGAAGAGUUGAGACUGCAGCCUUUUGUAUUGGGCAGUGCAAUAAGACUCAGUACAGUUAGGUCAUUCCAGAUGAGCCCAUGACUGCUGUGUGCUGCUGUAGCGUGAAUGUAAUAGAGAAAGAGGCUUGAAUGAGACAUGAAUGAGACAUGAAUGAUACAUAAAUGAGACAAGUUAUGAGGCAGUGAAGAGGUUGGUCAGUAUCGGGCAGUAGCUAUGGCAGAGGUAGAGAAGGCCACUAUUUUAAAAUGAAAAUUCUCAACCCUUUGGAAUAAACAUUUCCCCCAGGGUAUCCUUGAGUAGGAUAUUGGGAAAAGGGAAUGCAAUAUCAAUAUUAAACCCACUGACUCCAUUAGGAAAGAGGAGAAUGUCAAAUGAUCUUCCAUCCACUUGGGUUAAACACAGAAGUCUGAAGGUAGACCAUUCCCCAGGAAGAGCAUGUUGCUACUCAUCAGGCGUGUGCAAAAUGGAAACUAUAGUCCCACCGUUAGUUUGGAUGGUUCAUUCGUGACGCUUAAGUGGCUCUUAGUUACCCAUAGUGUGUUGCUUUGCUGCUUGACUAGGUGCUGGGGAUUACUGAAACAUUUGCUCCAUUGAGGAGAACAGUCUGUUGUUGUACCCUUGGGAUCCAGUGCUACUCAACCUCCCCCCUCUCCCACUGUCUAUCUAUCUAUACAUACACACACACACACACACACACACACACACACACACACACACACACACACACACACACACACACACA